CGGCAGAAAAGCGCUCCAGGAAACGGCGGAGGCGCUGGCCUCCCCACUCCCUCUCCCGCUGCGGGCCUCGGCGCGGCCUCCCGGCCCUCUGGGCCCAACGUUACCUAGAGACGGUGCAACGCGGCCGCUCCGGGCACCCGCUGCCGCUGCCCUCGGCCCCGGGGCCGGCUCUGUCGCGGCGAUGCAGAGCGCCCGGGACGCCAGAGACGCUGCGGGGGGUGAGGAGGAGGAAGAGGAGGAGAAUCCGGGUGCUCCGGUGAGAGGGAAACACCAGCUGCCGCUGUCGGCCCAGUCGGCCUUCAGCUACAUCCCGCCGGGGCGGCGGGAUCUGCCAGAGGUCAGCUAUUUCCACCAAGAGGCCAAGACAGGGAGUGUUUACACUUACGAUUCCAUUUUUAAAAGACCAGUGGGUUACAACAAGUAUCUUCACCGAUGUGACAGAGAACAUGCGAAGAACCAAGGCCUUAACAUAAAUGAUGAGGAAAUGGCAAGACCUGUAGCUGUUUUGUCAUCUUCAGAUUAUGGGAGACGCAUAAAAAAGCCUGUAGAGCAGCUGAUCAGAGAUCACGCCAGGAUUAAUCACGUGCAGGCAGAAUUCUACAGGAAAAACGGAAUCACCUGCUUACUGGAAAAGCCUUCUCCAAGCCUGGAUCCAUGUUAAAUCUCUUAUAACUGUGAUUGCCAGCAACACUUACGUGCUAUAAAAAAAAAAACCCAAAACAAAUGAUGUGAGCAUCAAUAAAGAAGGCAGUGUUUUUGCCUUUUCCUCUACUAUUUUAGUUAAUGAGAGUGGUUUGGAAUAAAAAGGGAUGAAUUAGCAGCUGUA